AUGGGAAGUAUUUGCUCUGCGGAAGCAAGACGAGGAUGUGCAGAGUGCCAAGCUGACCCUGGUCUUUUCUCUUCGCUAAAAGUCUGUGAAGAAGCAUCUGGCGGCUGUGGCCGAUCUUUGUGUUCCUCGUGCCUGGCGCAUCCGCUGGUGACAGAGAAAGCCCGUGGCGAAGGGAAGGUUCAAGAUCAGGACAUUCAAUCUUUCUGCAAGGCCUGCUUCCAAAGGCUUUCUUUGCUUGACUUCACACAAGAUGUGGAUAUUCUGGGCCCUUCCACCGGUCUGACGUUGCUGUAUGUGCAUGGUGGAGGGGGCUGCCGGAAGAUGUUUCGCCAGCAUGCAGCAGCUAUGGUGAAGAACGGCUUCAGGUGUGUUCUGAUGGAUUUGCCUGGGCACGGUUCCCGCAUGGAUGAAGUCCUCACCAUGGAAUCGGCCAUCAAUGCCAUUGUCAAGGUGAUCAAGCAGCAUGCGCCGCUGUACAAGGGCGUGAAGCCUGUGUAUGUGGGGGGCUCUCUGGGUGGCUACAUAGGUAUGGAGUUCCUGGGACGUCAUCCGGACCUUUGCUCAUGUGCCAUCAUCACAAUGUGUGGGCAGAACGUGGGCCUCGGCCGUGGCUGGGCGGCCGGGGCGGGCUUGUGGGUGAUGGGGACCUUGCUGCCGAAGAUGGGCACACGGCAGAUCAUGAGCGCACUGGUGGCCCAAGUGCGGAAGAAUGGCCACAUCCCCGAGUCCUUGUUCAUGGAUGAUCAUCUCCGCACAGGGAUGUUCUUCGGCCAGGCGCUGGCACAGGUUGAGAUCCUUAAGGAGACCAACCCACAGGCUGCCCUAGGCAAAUUUCCUGGAGCCAUGUUGUUCAUCAAUGGCAGCCAGGACCACCGUGACUCAGAGGAACUCUGGAAAGCCACAGCCCAAAAGGGCGAGCUCAUUGUUUACGAAGGAGCAGAUCACUUCUUCUCCCAUGACGACAGGUACAGCCAGCGCUUUGAGGAUGAUUGCUUGGACUUCAUCCGAAGACAAUCGGGCAAUGCGAUCUGA